AUGUUCCAGGCUACUCCGUGCAGCUUCCUGAAGUUCAUACUGCUGCUUGCAAUGCGUGGCUCGAAGGCAGUAGCUGCCUCUCCUAAUGCCUCACCGCUGCUCAACCCCAACUGGGGAAAUGCAGACAGCCUGUUGCACUUGUACACGUCCACAGCGAGAAGCAGCUUCCACCUACAAAUGAACCCCAAUGGAGACGUGGAUGGAAGCCCUUCCCAAACAAUUUACAGUGCCUUAAUGAUCAAAUCUGAAGGUGCAGGAUAUGUAGUGAUAAACGGUGUGAAAAGUGGACGAUUUCUCUGUAUGGACAUUAAUGGGAAUAUCUAUGGAUCGCAUUUCUUCAGUUAUGAGGACUGUACUUUCAAACAUUGGACCCUGGAAAAUGGUUAUGAUGUCUACCAGUCUCCCAAGUACAAUUAUCUGGUCAGCCUAGGAAAAGCUAAGCAACCUCUUUUCCCCAGGAUGAAUCCACCACCUUACUCCCAGUUUUUGACCAGAAGAAAUGAAAUUCCUUUAGUCCAAUUCAACACACCAAAACCCCACAGGUAUACCCGAGAUACCAAUGCUGAUCCUUGUGACAGUAUCAAAUCAGCUGAAAAUGGUUCUAAAGACAACCCAACGUCUCAACAAUUCACAUAUCACAGUUUAGCCAAUUCAAACAGUGAAGAUAGAGACCCAAACAGUGCAACACUCAGCAGAAGAUUUUUGAAUCCUAGGACUGAUAUCAGAACCUGA